AUGGCAGCAAUUUCAGUGAAGUGUGUGUGCAUACUAUUAGUUGCAAUCAUUUAUGGUGUGAGCAGUGCGUACGGGGAUAAGGGACCGUGCCCCAAUUCUUCGCCGGAUAAAGAGGCCCUGAAGCUGGCGCCAUGCAUAGAGGCUGCCCAGGACCCCAACGCCAGUGUCUCCCGACAAUGCUGCAGCGCCGUGAAGAAGAUGCUUCAAAACCCAGUGUGCAUGUGCGCAGUCAUGAAGAUGGCAGAGAGUAAUUAUGGCAUCAAUGUUACGAAUGCCUUGACUAUUCCCAAACGCUGUAACAUUUCUGAAAAAGAGCGCCACGCGGGCUAUAAACUACACAGUGCCUUGAAAUGAGAUCAAUGGAAGCAUGUUUGAUGGAUGGACGUACGGUCACAAAUAUAUAGUAUCGUCGCGUUUAUGAAGAUGUUUCUGUGUGUGUGUGUGUGUUCUAUUUUUUUUCUUUUUUACUUGGAAUUGGAAGUCGUGUGAGGGGGGUUGUACUCGUGUAUAUAUUCUGGGCUAGUUAAAUCUAGCCUACUAAUAAUAAUGUGACUGUAACCCCCAUGAAUAAAUUAACAAAAUUAUAUUAUAUAUGACCGUGCUUUUUCUUUCAA